AUGGCUUCUACCCUCCCCCAAGACCGCCGCCCCGUCGUAAUAUCCGGGCCCUCGGGCGUCGGCAAGGGCACCUUAUUCAAGCGACUCUUCGAUGCGCAUAAGGACUGCUUCGCUCUUUCAGUAUCGCACACGACACGCAAGCCCCGCGCUGGCGAAGCCCAUGGCGUCGACUACUACUACGUAUCGCACGAAGACUUCGAAUCCCUAGUUCAGGCGGACGGCUUUGUCGAACACGCCAAGUUCGGAUCGAACCGCUACGGAACCUCUAAGCAGACUAUCGCGGAUCAGUCCGCAAAAGGCCGUGUUGUUGUGCUGGACAUUGAGAUGGAGGGUGUGAAGCAGAUCAAAAAGAGCGGCAUAGAAGCGCGCUACGUCUUCAUCAAGCCCCCAAGCUUCGGAGAACUCGAACGUCGUCUACGUGGCCGCGGUACCGAAGAUGAAGACUCCAUCAAUAAGCGAUUGGCUCAAGCAAAGCUCGAGCUCGAAUUCGCCAAGACACCCGGUGUCCACGAUAUCAUCAUUGUCAACGACGACGUUGAAAAGGCCUACAAGGAAUUAGAGGACUUCAUCUACAAGCCCCUAGCGUAA